AGCCAUGGAGUCCUUCAUUGUCCAUCCGACCAUGCCCAACAAUGGCAAUGACACUAAGCUUCAUAUAGCCAUGUUUCCAUGGCUGGCCUUUGGCCACAUGCUCCCAUAUCUCGAACUGGCCAAGCUGAUAGCCGGAAAAGGCCACAAAAUCUCAUUUAUCUCCACCCCAAGAAACAUCGAUCGUCUUCCACCUCUCCCUCCAAAACUCUCUGGCCUAAUCACCUUCGUGAAAAUUCCCUUGCCAAGGACUCCAAACCUUCCAGAAGGUGCGGAGGCCACUGCAGACUUGCCUGAGGAUCAGGUAUGCUUUCUCAAGAAUGCUUUCGAUUCUCUCCGAGAACCAAUCACCCAAUUCCUGAAAUCUUCCAAACCCGAUUGGCUUCUCUUUGAUUUCGCCCCUUACUGGGUGCCGGACAUAGCUAGAACCUUCGGGAUCCGGACAGCCUUCUUCACCAUAGUGAUGGCUCUUGUUGUGACCUUUCUAGGGCCCACCUUGCCGGAGGUACCUGCUGAUGACCGUAAAUUACCAGAGGAUUUCAGAGUCCCGCCAAAAUGGGUGCCAUUCCCUACUACCGUCGCAUUGCAAUUGUUCGAAGUGCUCCGGCUCUAUAAACAAUUAACUGGAGACGAAACAAACGUUUCAGCAGUGUAUAGGUUCAUGGAGGCAUUGCGAGGGUGCGAUUUGGUCGCUGUAAGAAGCUGCGCAGAGUUCGAACCGGAAUGGUUGAACCUUCUAGAAGUUAUCCACGGAAAACCUGUUCUACCGGUUGGCGUACUCUCUUCUAUGCCGAAAGCCGACGAGGACGAAAUGUGGCGAUCAAUAAAGGACUGGCUGGACCGGCAGGGCAAAAACACGGUGGUGUACGUUGCCUUCGGAUCAGAAGCACUGUUGAGUCAAGAAGAAGCAACUGAAAUAGCCCUAGGUUUGGAGAAGUCAGGUUUGCCCUUCUUCUGGGUGCUGAGAACCAAACACAGCGAGGAUACGGUAAAGUUGCCGGAGGGCUUCGAGGAGAGAAAUGAAGGCCGGGGAGUGGUGUGCCGAAUUUGGGUCCCGCAGCUGAAGAUUCUGGCUCACGACUCGUUCGGUGUGUUUCUGAGUCACGCUGGUUGGAGCUCGGUGGUGGAGGCGUUGACUUAUGGAAGACCACUGGUGUUGAUGCCUUUGUCGAAUGACCAGGGACUUAAUGCGAGGUACUACGCGGAGAAGAAGGUGGGUUAUGAAUGCCCGAGGGACGAGCAAGACGGGUCGUUUACGAGUGAGGUGGUGGCGCAGUCGCUGAGGAUGGUGAUAGAGAAGGAGGAGGGGAGGGUUUACAGGGAGAAGGCCAAGGAGUUGAAGACGCUGUUUGGAGACAGGAAGAAGCAAAAUGUGUACGUCGACAAGUUAUUGGAGUACCUCACGACCCACAAAGGAUGUCGUUCAACAUGAAACACGUUAUUGCAUAAGUUAAACCCGAGCAAGGGUCGCGUAACAAGAAUUUGAGAUCUUGGGGUGGAAGAAAUAAUUGAUAUUAUGGGUUACAUGACUUACAUCAUUGUUUCCCCGAAGAAAUGUAUGUCAAAUUUUUGAAUAAAGGCCUCUUCCCCGAUU